AUGGGUUUCUUCGUGGCGCUGCGGUGGUUUUUCAGUUCUUCAAAACGUCGCCCUACAGAACAAUCCGUCCCGUUCCCGAGCGAUUAUGCCCAACCUCGAAUCUCAUCUCAGGUUAUCAACGAUCCCUAUCCUCAAUAUGAUAGUGUGGAAUGGAGGUCGACAUCAAAGGGAUCUUACCAGCCAUGCAUUGGACCCCAAGGACGACCACUGAGUCGCAAAGAUGAAGAUAUGAUGAUGAGCGGGUAUCGCUGGAAUACUUCAGAUUUCCCAACACCAAUUUUUGGAUCCUAUGAGGCGUGGAAUUUGAACAAGAGUCUCUGUGCAGAUCGUUACUCCCGAUACGGCGCAUAUGGUUACCUCCAGGGAAACGAAAGCACUCGAAUCAACGAUUGGGAUGAUAAAUUUGGUACUAACGAGGCCGCCGAAAUAGACUGGGAGAAGGUGGACUGGGCCAAUUUGCAAAAUGAAUGCCUGCAGCGCAAUAUUGACCGAUACCGCACGCAACCAUCCGAUGGGAAGAUAUUCGCUCUGUACAAGUCAUUGGAUGGGGAUCCACAGCCUCAACCUUUGAACGAAACAAGCAAGUACCAACCCCGGACAGCGGUUAUAUUGCGUUCUUGGCUCGGCAUGAAAUACACCGAGAACGACUUGUAUCACAUUCGGUCUAUGAUCAUGGAGUUAGCACUCUACUCGGGUGCGGAAUAUGAACUUAUUCUCCUGAUUGACUGCCAGGACGAGAAAUUGCCCGAAGAGUCUGAUCAUGCUGCCUGGAAGGCAUUCAAAGAGCGACAUUUACCACAGGAGCUGCGCAGCCUGGCAGUCUGGUUUAACACAGAUAUGUUGAACGACUGGUAUCCUGCGAUUGAUGUCCAUGUAGCGAUAUUGCAGUAUUUCCAGCCCACGCAGAUCUUCUCACGACUACAUCCUCAGUUUGAUUACAUCUGGCAGUUUGAGAUGGACUCGCGAUACACCGGCCAUAUGUACGAGCUUUUGCACAAGGCAACAGAGUUUGCCAAACAGCAGCCACGCAAAUAUCUGUGGGAGCGGAACUCCCACUUCUAUAUUCCUGCUGUCCACGGCACUUGGGAAGAGUUCAUGGAGAAGGUAGACCAGGAAAUGUCUGGUCAUGACGACAGCGGUGUUUGGGGCCCUCGUCCUGCAGAAGGUAUCGACAUCGAAGGACAAGCCAUUCUUCCCCCGGUCCCACGUCCGGGAAAUGAGACAGGGACAUGGGGUGUGGGCGAAGAAGCCGAUAUGAUCACCUGGCUGCCACAUUUCAACCCAGUUGGUACGGAUUGGCCUUUCCGUGACCGUGUGUUCAAUUUCCCUCAGGAUCAGGAGACUCCACGCUGGGCAGCUGUCGUGGCCAUGUCUCGCCUCUCGGCAAGACUUCUCGGCCUGUUGCAUAAGGAUAAGGUAGAAUCGGGGGUUGGACUCGCUUCUGAGAUGUCUCCUAUAUCCUGGGCUUUGUACUAUGGUUUGAAGGCGGUUCAGGUCCCUCAGCCGGUGUAUCAUGAUGUUAAAUGGGACCCUGAGGAAUUGAACCGUCGUGCUAAUCCCGGUGAACCUGGUAAGGUCAAUGCUGGGCUCGAUAGUAUUUGGAGUUGGGGCAAACAUGAUGAUAUCAUAUACAACACGACGUUUAUGUUUAACUCUGAAUUUGGGGAGAAGCUAUACAGAGCUUGGUUGGGAUACGACGGUGCCCAAGAGUGGGAGAAGGAACACUCUCGACUCUGUCUUCCUCCUAUCUUCCUGCAUCCAAUCAAGAACCUCGAGCCCGUGAAGUCAAAGGGCGUUUAA